ACUGAAACCCAUUGAAGCCAGCGUGGUUGGCUCACCUCCUCGCCUUUUCUCUCUCUCUCUCUCUCUCUCUCUCUCUCUCUCUCUCUCUCUCUCUCUCUCUCUCUCUCUCUCUCUCUCUCUCUCUCUCUCUCUCUCUCUCUCUCUCUCUCUCUCUCUCUCUCUCUCUCUCUCUCUCUCUCUCUCUCUCUCUCUCUCUCUCUCUCUCUCUCUCUCUCUCUCUCUCUCUCUUGUCACUGGUUCACCGGAGCUACCUCCUCGCCUUUCCUCUCUCUUGGUCACUAGUUCACCGGAGCUACCUCCUCUCCUUUCCUCUCUCUCUCAGCUGUCCUGUUCCUGUUCGCAUUGCCCUCUCCAUCUCAUUCUUGAGCCUCCGCCUCUCGCUCUCUGUCGUAUCAGCUCUCACAAUUUUUCCGACGCAAUCUCUGUUGGAGUAUCUGAACUGAACCACUUCUUUCUGCCUCACCUUUUACUACUACUGCUCCAAGAUGAGAAUUAAGAAACGAAAGCGUCAGAACAGGGCAGUGAAGUUCUACACUGCUUGCUGUGGUUUCAGAAAGCCCUUCAGAGUAUUCUGCUGUGGCACAUUUGUGCACCACCUGGUUGAUAAUCACAUUACCCCCGCUGACCAAGUUAUCUCUGAACUUCUUGGUUCUCCAGUCAAGCUUUUCACUACCAGGUGUAUUAUUGAAGAGUUGAAAAGGCUUGGUCCAUCUUAUACUGAGGCUCUUGAAGCAGCUCGUAGCCUCAUAACGGCAAGAUGUCCACAUGAAGAAUUGAAGGGUGGUGAUGCUUGCAUUGCUGAUAUAAUUGGCAAAACUAAUGCUGAGCACUUCUUUCUUGCUACUACGGAUUAUGGGUUGCGAGAGAAAUUCAGGGAGAUACCCAAUACUCCUAUAAUAUAUGCAUCACGAAAUGCUGUAUUGCUAGAAUCGCCAUCGCCUUUUCAACGGUCUUACAUUAAAAAACUGGAAGAGGAGCGUUCUCACAUGAGUUCAUUGGAGCUAAAGAUCUUGGCUAAUAAGGGGAUUUCUAAAGAAGAAACAGAAGAUGAGCAAACUGUUAGAAGGAAGAAUGUCCACAAGGGAUUGGAGAUGAAGGAUAAAGUUCAGUUCAAAAGAAAUAGAGCAAAGGGUCCAAAUCCACUUUCAUGUUUGAAGAAAAAGAAGCCUGAUAAUGCAGAUACUCAACAAAAGAAGGAUGGAAAUGGGAAUAGUGAUUCUUCUAAAAAGAGAAAUAGAAAGCGCAAGAGGUCAAAGACAAACCAAAAGAAGGAGGCUUCGGAGAACUAGAGUACCAAAAUCCCCAAGUCUUUCAAAUGAUUCUUUAAUUUUGUAGUUUUAAAAGAAAAUUUAGGAAAAUAGACGCCAUACAUUGCAUAUGAAUUCCCUAAUUGAGUGCUGGCAAAAUGAGGAACAAUUUUACAGAUGUUAUAACUGUUUUUCGACUGCCAUUGUGCUUCAUUGCAAUUUUGUUCUCCUAAUAGAAGAGAUUCUGUAUAGAAAUGGGAUUUACACUCAUUCUUAAAA